ACAAUGAGCUCAACACAGAAGGACCAACGUGGAGCGAGAAGUCAGCGCUCUCAGGAGGCCGACAAACCUCACAGAAGAAAGGGAGAGAAAACAUACACCUGUGACGAGUGUGGGAAGGAUUUUACUCUGAAGUUUUCACUAAAAAAGCAUCAGGUCAUCCACACUGGAGAGAGACCGUUCAGCUGUGACCUGUGUGGAAAGACUUUUUCCCAGAAGUGUUCCCUAAAAACACACCAACUCAUCCACAGUGGAGUUAAACCGUACAGCUGUGAUCAGUGUGGCAGAGCUUUUACUCAAAGUGGCCAUUUACAGAAUCAUCUAGUUACCCACUCUGGAAGUAAGGCAUACAGCUGUGACAUCUGUGGAAAAACCUUCAGCCGGAUAGGGAACCGAAAUACACACCUACGCAUUCAUACCGGACAUGAUGUGUACUGCUGUGAACAGUGUGGCAAACAGUUUAUAACCAACACGCAGUUACAACGCCACAUGUUUACCCACACUGAGGAGAGACCUCAUAAAUGCGACCUUUGUGAGAAGACUUUUAAAUCUCCACAUUACCUGAGAGAACACCAACAGAUCCACACCAGAAAGAGACUCUACAAGUGCGGUUACUGUGAGGACCAACAUGGAGCGAGAAGUCAGCGCUCUCAGGAGGCCGACAAACCUCACAGAAGAAAGAGAGAGAAAAAAUACACCUGUGACGAGUGUGGGAAGGAUUUUACUGGGAAGUAUAAACUAAAACAGCAUCAGGUCAUCCACACUGGAGAGAAACUAUUCAGCUGUGACUUGUGUGGAAAGACUUUUUCCUUGAAGGGCUCCCUAAAAAGACACCAACUCAUCCACAGUGGAGUUAAAGCGUACAGCUGUGAUCAGUGUGGCAGAGCUUUUACUCACAGUAGCACCUUACAGAGGCAUCUAGUUACCCACUCUGGAAUUAAGGCAUACAGCUGUGACAUUUGUGGGAAAGCCUUCAGUCAGAUAGGGAACCGAAAAAGACACCUACGCAUUCACACCGGACAUGAUGUGUACUGCUGUGAUCAGAGUGGCAAACAGUUUAUAACAGACACAAAGUUACAACGCCACAUGUUUACCCACACUGAGGAGAGACCUUAUAAAUGUGACCUUUGUGAGAAGACUUUUAAAACUCCACAUUGCCUGAAACAACACCAACAGAUCCACACCAGAAAGAGACUCUCCAAGUGCAGUUACUGUGAGGUAUGUAUUUAUAUUUGUAUCUCAUCAUUUUAGCCUGACUGUUUGGAACAACUCUGCUCAUUAAACUGUGUUAGCUAGGGCUGGGUUUUGAUAAUCGAUUUACCGAUUAAAAUCG